AUAUUGAGCUCAUUGUGCCAUCACAAACACACUGGCACAGACAGGUACUGCAUCAUCCUUAUCCAUUCAAUAUGGCCACAGACCACCAGAGUCCUGCAUCCAAGCAGCAGCAGCCAGGCACCAGUGCGUUUAAGCUGGUUAUCUAUGAGCAGGAAAACUUCCAGGGACGCUGCCAUGAGCUGACUGGUCCCUGUAACAACCUCCAGGAAGCAGACGUGGAGAAAGUGGGCUCCAUACUGGUGCUGUGUGGACCAUGGGUGGGAUAUGAGCAGGCCAACUGUAAGGGGGAGCAGUAUGUGUUUGAGAAGGGCGAGUAUCCUCGCUGGGAUUCCUGGACCAACAGCAGGCGUAGUGACACCAUUGUUGCAUUCCGCCCCAUUAAAGUGGACAGCCAGGAGCACAAGAUUGUCCUUUACGAAAACCCCAGCUUUGCAGGGAAGAAGAUAGAAAUCAUAGAUGAUGAUGUCCCCAGCUUUCACGCACACGGCUACCAGGAGAAGGUCUCUUCUGUUCGGGUCCAGAGUGGCACCUGGGUGGGCUACCAGUAUCCAGGCUACAGAGGCUAUCAGUACCUGUUUGAGAAGGGGGAGUACAAGGACACCACUGAUUUCGGAGCCCAGAUUCCUCAGAUCCAAUCAGUCCGGCGCAUCAGAGACAUGCAGUGGCAUCAGAGGGGUGCCUUUCAUCCCGUCAACUAAGCUUGUGACUCUCUCCUGUCAGGAAUCCUGACCUCGGCAUCCUCUGCUCCCUUUCUGGCAACAAACCCCUUGACCUUCAUUUACCACCACCAUGCAGCAUUUUGAUAUCAGCUGAGGCAGUAGUGACAAUCUUUGAAGCAAACUAAUAAAUCCUCAUUGCUUACAUUUGACUCGGUCAUGGGAUUUUCUUCUGUUUUUCCCCUCCACACAAGUCCUUCAGACUGCAACACCUAAAAAAGAGAC